AGCCGCGCCCCACGGCUCGGCGCAGGUCCCGCCCCUUUCCAUCUACGGGGCGGCAGGAGGCCCGAAGCAAGAUGGCGGUGAAUCAGAGCCACACCGAGAACCGCCGCGGAGCCCUCAUCCCUAACGGUGAAAGUCUCUUGAAGCGGUCUCCGAAUGUGGAGCUCUCCUUCCCACAGCGAUCAGAAGGCUCAAAUGUCUUUAGUGGUACAAAGACAGGAACAUUGUUUCUCACUUCAUACCGGGUGAUUUUCAUAACUUCAUGCUCCAUCAGUGAUCCCAUGUUGUCUUUUAUGAUGCCAUUUGAUCUGAUGACGAACCUCACUGUUGAACAACCAGUAUUUGCUGCAAACUUCAUUAAGGGAACUAUUCAGGCAGCUCCAUAUGGUGGCUGGGAAGGACAAGCUACUUUUAAAUUAGUCUUCAGAAAUGGAGGUGCCAUUGAAUUUGCCCAGUUGAUGGUGAAAGCUGCCUCUGCUGCUGCCCGAGGAUUUCCACUUAGAACCUUAAAUGACUGGUUCAGCUCUAUGGGAAUUUAUGUAAUUACUGGGGAAGGGAAUAUGUGCACUCCACAGAUGCCUUGUUCAGUUAUUGUCUAUGGAGCCCCACCUGCAGGAUAUGGAGCCCCACCUCCCGGAUACGGAGCCCCACCUGCAGGAUAUGGAGCCCAACCCGUAGGAAAUGAAGGCCCGCCUGUGGGAUACAGAGCCUCACCUGUGCGAUAUGGAGCCCCACCUCUUGGAUACGGAGCCCCACCUGCAGGAUAUGGAGCCCCACCUCUCGGAUAUGGAGCCCCACCUGCAGGAUAUGGAGCCCCACCUCUCGGAUAUGGAGCCCCACCUGCAGGAUAUGGAGCCCCACCUGCAGGAAAUGAAGGCCUGCCUGCGGGAUACAGAGCCUCACCUGCUGGAUCUGGAGCCAGGCCUCACGAAUCUACAGCAGCCCAGGCUCCUGAAAACGAGGCUUCUCUUCCCUCUGCCUCCUCUUCUCAGGUCCAUUCUUAACCUUCUAAGAUGUAAACCUUGAAGACUCACCAAGCAAAGAGGUACCCUAAAACUGAAGUCAGGAUAAGGAGGAGGACUCAGCUUAGAGUCAUUGAUUGAUCUGCAUUGUGAAAAUUAGGAAACCAGAUGCUCCCAUGUUCUCAAGGACAGCCUUUCUUAAGGAAGUCAGUACGUGGGCAACAGUGACAAGGAGAGGAAGAGAGGAGAGACUCAACCAACUAGAGCAGGGAUGAGGUUUCCCUUGUUCAGCUUUUCAGUGUCUGCUGGAAUGUGACGGCCCUCCCAACGGUCACUGAGUCCUGGAGAUCUGGCCAGUCCUUCAUCUUCACUGCGAUCACCCCUGUCCUAGCCUCCCUGUCUCUCACCUGGAUCCUUGAACAGCAGCUAAUUGUAGGCUCUCUGUAUACCCGAAAGGCUCCAGUCAGGAGGCAAAAGCCAUGUGUUAUUUGAACAGAAAAAUAGGCAACCGUAAGUACUGUAAUUCCAGAACAUUUUCAUUACCUAAAAAGAAACCCCAUAACCAUUAGCAAUCACUUCUCAUUUCCUCUUCCCUCCAUCCCUUGGCAACCAUUUAUCUACUUUUUGUCUCUGUAGGUUUGCCUAUUCCAGACAUUUCUUAUAAAUGGAAUAAUACAAUGCAUGUCCUUUUGUGUCUGGCUUUCACUUAGC